GAUUUCUUCUUCUCCAGUCUCUCUCUACUCCCCCACUCUUCCCCCACUCCCCCAGCACGCCACUGCUCACACAGACCACCCCCCACUCGGAGGCGGAGUGGAGCUCCUCCAAUCCGUCCCGAAUCCGGACGCCGCUCGCACCGCCCGCACCGCCCGCAGAUGGACGCCCGCCCCCCGAUCCGCCCGCUCUGACCAGACGAACCCGGUCCCCGCCCCCGCCGCCGCCGCUGGAGCGCGGUAAUGGCGGGCUUCUAGCGCGUCGGACUUAAAGAUCUAGCCUUUCUAUUUUGUUUCCUCUCUGCCUCUUUUCUUUCGCUGGCACCGAUGGUCACCGAGAUGGCGGCGCGCGGCGGCGAGGCGGCGGCGUUCGGCGCGGAGGCCGACCGCGGCGACUUCGAGGUCUUCCGCAGCGGCUCCGCGCCGCCCACCGUCGAGGGCGCCCUGGGCGCCGCCGCGGCCGCUGCCGACCUGCUCGUGGAUGACGACCUCCGCGCCGACCCGGCGUACCAGAGCUACUACUACUCCAAUGCGCACCUCAACCCCCGCCUCCCGCCGCCGCUCCUGUCCAAGGAGGACUGGCGCUCCUCGCACCACCGCCUCCGCUCCGCGGCCUUCGGCGGGAUCGGGGACGGCAGGAGGCAGCAGCAGCCGGCUGCCCAAGGGACGGUCGGCCUGCCCGGGAUCGAUCUUGCCCGCCAGAGGAGCUUCUCCACCGUCUUUCAGGAGGAUUCGUAUCAGCGUGAUAUGGAUAGGCAGACUGCCAGCCACAAUAGUAGUGAAUCAUUAUGUUCUUCUGGAAUACAGUAUGGUCUAAAUCGUGGACCUGGAACUAUUGGAGGCCUGCACUCUAGCAAUAGUUUACGAAGCUUGGAUGAAAUUCCGAACAAUGAUCUGCCAUCAAAUACAUUUGCUUCUCUUUUAGGGUCAUCUCUUUCUAGGAGUGCAUCUCCAGAUCCUGAGCUUGUGAGGAGGGCCCCUAGUCCAUCCCUUCCUCCAAUCGGUGUGAAAGUUGGCAACACUGAUAAGAUGAAUGGUGGUUCCUCUUCUUUCCGUCGUAGUUCAUCCGCAAUCGGUGGAUCUGAUGAUCUGGUGGCUGCCUUAUCUGGGAUGAACUUAUCAUCUAGGGCAAUGAGUGGGCAAACUAUGGACCAGUCUCAGCUCUAUCAGGAUGUUGAUAACGUCCAGAAGUUUCUUUUUGAUCGACAGGGUGACCAACCAAAUGGCAAUCAGCAGCACUACAUGAGGCGUCCUGAGCAUGGACAAUCUAAGUUAUCUGAUGGAUAUUCUGCCAAUUUGGCCAAUUCAUCCACGAUGAGAAACCAGAUUAAUUCUGGCAGUUUCACAUCUUUUGACAGUUUGUCUCUUGGAUCUGGCUUUCCUUCCCCUAGGAUUGGUUCUAGAUCCCCUGGAGGGACUGUAUCUUCUCGACAAAAUUUAGCUGGUAUGUCUAACAUGCUAAACUAUAAUGGAAUUGGAAGUCCAACUGCGUCACCUUCUCUUCAGACUUCUAUUGAUCCAGCGUAUAUCCAGUACCUUGCUCAAAUUGCAGCUACCUGGGAUGAUCCUCUAAUGGACAGGAGCCAUCUGGGAAGUUCUUACAUGGACUUACUUGGUACACAGAAAGCUAACCUUGGCCCUUUACUUCAGUCACAAAAGCAAUAUGGUUACUGUGGCAAUCUUGGAUUUAACCUUGGUGGUUAUGCUGGAAGUCCAUUGACAAGUCCUGUUCUUCCCUCUUCACCUAUUGCACCAGGCAGUCCACUUAGGCAUGGUGACCGCAACAUGCGCUUUCCACCAGGCAUGAGAAACUUCGGUAAUUCCUUUGGUUCAUGGAAUUCAGGCAUGAGUGGAAAGAUGGAUGCUAAUUUGAUGCCCUCUCUCCUGGAGGAAUUCAAGAGCAACAAAAGUAAAUCAUAUGAGCUCUCCGAAAUAGCUGGCCAUGUUGUUGAGUUUAGUGCUGAUCAAUAUGGAAGCCGGUUCAUACAACAGAAGCUAGAAACAGCCAGUACUGAAGAAAAGGACAUGGUUUUUUCAGAAAUUAUGCCUCAAGCUCUCACAUUAAUGACUGAUGUAUUUGGAAAUUAUGUUGUCCAAAAGUUUUUUGAGCAUGGAAGCACUGCCCAGAUAAAGGAAUUGGCUGGUCAGCUUAUUGGACGUGUCCUUGCUCUUAGUCUUCAGAUGUAUGGGUGCCGGGUUAUACAGAAGGCUAUAGAAGUUGUUGAUUUGGAUCUGCAGACUAAAAUGGUUGCGGAGCUGGAGGGUCAUGUCAUGCGCUGUGUACGUGAUCAAAAUGGGAACCAUGUUAUACAGAAAUGCAUAGAGUGCAUUCCUCAGCAUGCUAUCGAGUUCAUUGUCUCGACAUUCUAUGGCCAAGUUGUAAUGUUAUCCACUCAUCCAUAUGGUUGCCGAGUUAUUCAGAGGGUUCUAGAGCAUUGUGAUGAUCCUAAGACACAGCAAAUAAUGAUGGAUGAGAUUCUCCAGUCUGUUUGCUUGCUAGCUCAGGACCAGUAUGGCAACUAUGUGGUUCAGCAUGUUCUGGAACAUGGCAAGCCCCAUGAGAGAUCAGCCAUUAUUGAGAAGCUAAUUGGCCAAGUUGUGCAAAUGAGCCAGCAAAAGUUUGCCUCUAAUGUCAUUGAGAAGUGCUUAGCCUUUGGAAAUCCUGUAGAACGUCAGGUUCUGAUCGGUGAGAUGCUUGGAUCCACUAGCGAAAGCGAACCUCUUGAGGUAAUGAUGAAAGACCAGUUCGCAAACUAUGUGGUGCAGAAGGUGCUAGAAACUUGUGACGAUCAGCAGAGGGAGAUGAUCUUAACAAGGAUAAAGACACACUUGAACACACUCAAGAAGUACACAUACGGGAAGCACAUAGUAGCGCGUGUAGAGAAGCUUGUUGCUGCUGGAGAGAAGCGCCUUGGGCUUCAACCAGCAUGCACCGCCGCCUGAAGGGCAAACUCUCUAAGUUGUACAGCUAACAGUUGCUAGGUUUGCCUCAUGUUUUUUUCUCUACUAAAAACCUUAUAUGAAGGCCCCUUUUGGCCUCGCCAGGAAAAAAAAUAAAUACUGUAUGUUUGCGGGGAAGAGUGUACAUUAAUUCUGUAGCAGAAAGACCCCCUACCCAUGUGGCGGAAUCAAGGGAGGAGUGAUGCGUGUGAGUCCGAUCGAUCUGAAGGCUGCUGUAAAGAGGAAGAUGGAAGGGGAAGGAGUGAGAAGCAUGUCAGUUACUCUGCUGCUGUACAAAUUAAACUUAGCUCUUAGAGUGAGGAGAAAGUAAGCUGUUAGCUGUCUGCCUAAAGGAAAGAAAGGAAAAAAAAAAGAAGCUGGAGGCCAUUGGCACCCUGUUUCAUGUGUUGGUAUAGCUGCUGUGGCUCUCCUGUUGUCUGUCUGGCCUUUGUUGUAACAUAAAGCUGAGGCGCACUAGCCUGCCUUCGUUUUCACAGUUAAGCUGAAGUUAUUAGUAUCAGCUUUCCUGAACUGCUUGGUAUGUAAUGUGACUCUGUUUCUUCCUUGUACUAAUGCUUGUCUCAUGUAAUCCAGGCCCCUAAUGUCUGAAUGUUUUAAUCUCAUUUUUCACCUCUGAUAAACGUUGUUUUUU